UAGCAGUUUGAAUGUUGCAUGCUACAGCAACACUGUUCACGCACGACGACCAUUUUCUUAAUCUACUGCUGUUUACUCUUGUUUGCGAGGAAAUUGUUAAAAUUUAUUUAAAAAAGUCUAAAAAAAUCGUUUUAUUUAUAACAUAGCUAAGUAAAAAUUAAUUGAUUAGCGUUGUGUGUGUUUAUUAAUAUAAUGGAAUUAAAAGAUUACGGGAAAUUAAACACGCAAAACGAAAACGUCGGAUGCAUGAUGUGUGUAUGUGUACAAAACUAUGAGCAGAAAUGGCAGAGUGAGCGAAAUUAAAAUGGUAGAAAAUAUGCAAAUAAAUUGAAUUAAAAAUAUCACAAAAAAGUUUCAUAAAGAAGUCUACAUUUGUGCAUUUAAAAAUUAUGUAAGCUUAAUUGAUAUGUGAUACGGAUUUAAAAUAAAAUUUAUUAAAUUGGAAAAUUAAGGUGUAAGUGGAAAAUAUUAAAAAAGAGGAACACAAAAGUUAGGCCGCUGUAACUGCGAAGCGGCGACGUUGUCACAUAACCUCAAUAUUGACAUCCCGCUUUAAAUUUGUAAUUGUGGGGUAAGUGCGAAUGAAACCGUAAAUGUAUCGGAGCGCAGCGCUGCCGGUUACGACGGCAACUGAGAAGUACAAUCCAGAAAAAAAUAAAGAACGUAAUGCUAAAAGAGAAAAUUGGAAAAAGAAGAGUAUGUGAAUGUGAUUGUGUAGUAAGUGAAAUAAAACAUAAAAAUAAAAAUUAAUCCAAAUGCAGAAACCACCAACAAAAUGGAUAAUAAAAAUACACAAUUGGAUUUCAAAUUACUGGUAGAGCAGUCUUUAAGUUUAUUGGAUAGUCUAAACACAGUAUCGCGGUGCGAUUCUAUACUAUUUCUCCUAAAAACCCUCAAAUGUAAAUAUCCGGAUACAUGCGACCAAGUCGUUAGAAAUGUUUUUCCCCAUAUUGGUGAUGACUAUACCAGUUCAACAAAGCAUGCAAACAAAAAACCAUAUUUGUCCGCUACCAGAAAAGAAGAAGUCAAAAUUGAAGAUGAAGGAUCUACGGAUUUGAAUCAAAAUUUUGAAAAAAUUCUUUGUAAAGAAGAGUUCGUGUGCCUAGAAGAGGAUGAUGAAGACGCUGAUGAUGAUGGUGAUACUGAAAAUUCGUCCUCACUAAGCAAACAUCUGCGAUAUGCAACGGGUGCAUCGAAUCGUGAUCCGUUGGACCUGAUACCCUCAUCCAUAAUAGAUACGAGACGCUUGGUUAAAAUUAAAUAUGCAACAUAUGGUGUUGAUGAAGCCGUUUUAACAGAUGCUGAUGAAAGUAAUAGUUGUGAUACACAAAAAACUGUGCGGUCCAUUAGACGUUUACCACGCCAUACGCUUAAUAACUAUCAACAAAACCAACGUGUACUCAGUGAGAAACUAGUGCUGACAUGUCGUUCUAUAGGUGCUUCUAAACUAGGCGAAGGCUUUGUCUUCCAUCCAGAUAGCGAAAUUAUUUUGCACUAUCAUCAUAGUACGGGCGAAUUUAAUGUACGUUCAUACAAAGAGCAAUUCCGAUUUCGUCUGAAAACAGCAUUGAACUUACACCAUAAACCGUUUCUGAAACAAUUUUAUCAGAAUUUUAUACUGACCGGCCAACUGCUUGGCACAGCUCCACCAGUUCAUGUUUUACAGGCUUUACGUGAGCAAAGGAAGGAAGAAUGGCAACAACAGCAGCGACAACGUUUAUUAGCAAAUAUGCAAGCUAAACGGCGGGUUCUCUUAGCACCGAUGUUUGAUCCAGAAAUGGAUUCAGAGACUGAAUCGCAGUUGUCAUCUGCAGCUCAAGAGAUGAUCAAGUUUGAAGAGAUAUUAGAUGAUGGCGCUGGCUCUAAUCGUACAAUUGAUGGUAUGGAAAUGGAACCAGAAAUAGAUGAUGUGUUAGGAAGCGGAAGUAGUAGUAAUAGUUUGAAUGGUGUAGCUGAAACAAUUUCGUUACUCAAUUCAUCAAAUGAAAAAAUGACCACAUCGCUUGUGAGCGAUCCGGCCGCAACAAUAAGCAAUAUCAGUAUCAGCAAUCAUCUGCAACAUAAUCAACAACAAGGGAACAAUCACCUUGUAAUCAAUGGCCUUACAACAAGCAAUAAUACUAAUAAUCUCAAUAGCAUGCCACAAUUAACAAGCAUUACUAAAAAUAAUAAUACAAAUUUAACUCCUAAGGAGCAAGAGAGUCAACAUUAUUUUCAGAGCAAUUCAAAUCAACAGAAACAAUUGAAUACUUCACCGACGCUUUUACAACAUCCUCAGCAUAUGCUGCAUCGGGAGGAGCAUAAUCAACUUCAGCAGUUGUCUCAACAAGAACAAACGCAACAUCAUCGGCAAACUAUGUUUUCAGUGCAGGAGCAUCAGCAGCAACAACAACCGCAACAGCAACAGCAUCUGGCUCUUGAAAAUAAUAUUAAAAGUGAAAGCAUUGAAUUGCCAAAUACAAAUAACAGCAUUUUACCGAUUGGAGUUGUGGCACCAAUAAAACGACCAAUUUCUGCAGACAAUACAUUAUCAAAUAUAAAUCAGCAACAAUUUAGUGUACAGCAGCAGCAACAACAACAAAUUUUAAUGCAACAACAACAGCAGAAUCAUACUCAGAAUCACUUCAAUAUGAAUAUACCUCAAACUCAUCCACUGGCAAUGAUGGGUGGUAUGACAAUAAGUGCACAGCAAUUGCAGCAACAGCAACAACAACAACAGCAAUUACAGCAGCAACACCAACAGCAGCGAUUGCAACAUAAUCAAGGUACAGCUAUAAUAAAUAGUAUUGACAGUAUUUUAGAAGGUGGUGUGAGACAACCAAAUGCUGCAGAACAACAACAGUUUCAGCAACAUCAGCAGCAACAGUUGCAUUUGGCUCAUCGCGAACAAAAUAUACCAUCCCAUAUGCCACAUCAACCUCAUCCACAGCAUAUGCUAAUGCAACCGCAAAUACCGACCACUCCAACAUCAUCUUCUUCACUUUCGGUUAUGUCCGGUACGGCAAGUUCUAUUUCUGGCGCUGAAAAUGCACCAUCUUUGCAGCAUAAUGUUUCUUUAGAGUUAGAUGAUAAUGAUUUAUCACAUGAAGAAGACGAGGAUGAAAAUGAAAAUGAUUUGGAUGAUAUAGAAACAAAGCCACAAUUAAUUGAUGGCGGUAGUAGUAGUAGUACGUCACUGCCAGCACCAACAAGUGCUGGCAAUCAAGGAAUUACGCCUGGAGCUAAAAAAGAAAAACCAAGCUAUAAAUGCCUUUUAUGUCCUAAAUCAUAUAGAAAACGUAAAUCAUUACUUGAUCAUUAUAAAAUACAUCCAGGCUACUGCCAUGAUUGCGGUCAACCAAAUGGAACAACUCUUGAGGAAAUAAUACAACAUAAUCGCACUGUGCAUGCUAAGGAGUUUCCUUUCGUUUGUGAGACAUGUGGCGAAUCCUACUCUCGUAAACAACAAUUUCAUGCCCAUGUCGAGUCUCACAAUAAGAAAGAAUUCAAAAGUGAGUAUUAUUCAUGCGUGGAGUGCGGUCAAAAGUUUCCACAUAAAAAAUUACACCAACAACAUUUGGAAACAACUGGUCAUAAGGUGGACGGCGCAAUUUGUGAAGUGUGUGGUGCGGAGUUUCCUUCUAAAAAUGCGCUUUAUCAACACAUCAUUCGCGUACAUAAAAAGGACAACUUUUUUGAAUGUCAUAUAUGUCAGAAUCGCUUCACUCUGAAAGCGAACCUGGAAAGGCACGUACAACUUCACACCGAAAUUAAACGCACUUAUGUUUGUGAUUUGUGCGGAUCAUCCUAUUUUACAUAUCCAGCUCUAAAGGAUCAUUAUAGUAAUGCGCAUACUGAUGCUUCAGAUUGCAAAUGUACUCUGUGUGGAAAACGUUUUGGAUCCGUAAAAUCAUUGCAACGUCACUUGCCAUCACACUCUGAGGAAAGACCACAUUGCUGUACAUACUGUGAUCAGACAUUCAAGUGGAAAACUCAUUUGGUGCGCCAUAAGCAAACGGUACAUGGUAAUCAACCAUCUCCAAAGAAGGUUAAACGUUUCUCGAAAGUGGAUGAAGAAUUAGUUCCCGUACCAGAUAUGCCUGGACCUCCACCAGCUAAAAUUGCUAAAAAAUCGAAUUCGAGCAAACCAAAGCAAUCACAACAACAGCCACAGCAGCAGGCACCACAACAGCAACCACAGCAACUUCAACAAAUACAGCAAAAUAGUGGUGCCAUUCCUACACCACCCCCACUCUCUACAACGCCUGGGACAUCACAGGAACAAUUUAAUCCAGCCAUUAUAAACAGUAAUAGCUCUCAAUCAUCAUCAGCAUCAACAUCACAACAUUCGUUGUCCACGAAUGAGUCUCAGCAAAAUUCCAUGUAUAGCCAAAAUUUCAGUGCCGAGAAAUUAAUCGGACAACAACAGCAACAGCAACAACAACCUCAGUGUAAUCAACCACAGCAAACAUUACAUCACCCUCAGCAACAACAACGUCCAACUCCUCCACCAAAUCAACAUCAUAGACACACGCCUAACAGUAAUUCUUCCGAUAGUAAUUUGAUGGUGCGUUUGAACAGUUUUGGUGCAACUCCAAAUCAGAAUAGUGCAGAAACUCAAUUUCAUUUCGAUCAAAACUCUGCACCAACCAAUGCUGGGUCAUAUCAACAACAUCAAAUUAUUAAUCAAUACCAACAGCAUCAUCAUCAACAGCAACAACAACAACAGCAGCAGCAACAACAACAACAACAGCAACAGCAGCAUGUUAAUCAACAACAACAGCAGCAACAACAACAGCAGCAACAACAACAGCAGCAGCAGCAACAACAACAACAACAUUUACGUAGCCACACUCCACAGAGUCCACACCAACAGCAAUUGCAGCAACAACAUUUUACUUCACCGCACCAUAUGUCUACAACACAACAACAAAUACAUCACCACCAACAAUUGAUGCAUCAGCAUCAAUUUCAGCAACAGCAACAACAUAGGCAUAAUCAGCAACGUUCACCACAUCACCAUCAAACGCCAGCACAGCAAUUACAGCAGCAACAUCAACAACCAUCUCAUUCACCACACCGUUUACAAUCUCCACAGCCACAAGUUCAUCCACAACAGCCUCCACCACAACAACAAAAUACACCACAACACCAACAGUAUCAACAAUGUACGACACUUCAACAGCAACCCCCCACCGACCCGUGGGGCUUUGCUGCACCAACAAAUGCAGCUGCACCUAGCAAUCAACAGCAACAGCAGAAUGCUCCUAACGCUAAUGUAGUUAAUGAAGGAAAAGAUAAUGGCAAUAAAUUUUACAUUGUUGAUUCUGCUGAAUUUUUGGGUCUUCCAUUGAACGUGCCAGGCAGCGGUACACCUGGUGCAACAACUGCAACUCCUUCAGUGUCUUCACAACAGACACAACAGCCAGCAGGAAUUAGCGGUGGUGUACCGAACAAAUCGCAAACACAAGAACAAAACUUAAGUACCGAUUUAAUAAAUUUCCAGAAUAUAUGGUCACAGAAUCCUCCAAGUAGUCAUCAAAUGACAUUUGGUAGUUCUCCACAGCAACAGCAACAGCAGCAACCACAACAACAACAGUCUGCGACAAAUUCGAACCAAUCAACAGGUGACGCCGGAGAUCCACACAGCUAUAAUAACAUUGGUAGUAUUUUGACGAAUCUCAUCGAUAGUAAUCCAAACCCAAUGGAAUAUAAUUUUGAAUUAAUGCAACCUGCCGCCGGACCAGCAGGUGUAGCAGCACAACAACAACAGCAGAAUACGUUAGCUACUCAUCAUCAACAUCAACAACAACAGCAGUUACAUCCUGCUAAUGCCACUUAUGGUUUACAGCCAGCUGGUCCGGCUGGACUUAUGCGUCAUGCGGGAGUUUAUGGUGCAGGAACUUCCGUUUAUGAUUCACAUUUAGCACCACAUCACGCAGCUUUAAGUGAUAUUUCUGAGCAACAAAAGAAUAGCUUCCAACCUUACCAUCCACAUGCUUUACAAACGCACGCUACAGUAGCAGGUGCUCAUGCACAUCCAUUAGCGGGUCAUCAUCCAUUAGCUCAUCCGCUUGCACCAACACAUCUUUUACCACCACCAUCAUCACAUGGUAGCAUCUAUGACCGUUCACCUUAUCCAGUAGGAUUAGGAGAUGAAGCCAAAACUGUGCUUCCUCCAAUUAGCGAUUAUAUGCAUCACAUGCAACAACAACAAGUACAACAUCCAAAUCAAUCAGAUUUGUUGUAUAGUUACCCAGUGAAAAAUGAAUGACGACAUAUUAAGUAGGCCACCACGGCCAGUGUGCGCUAUUUUUAAUAUAUAUAUAUAUAUAAAACUUUAUUAAAAAUAAUGGUAGUUGUACGAUUAAACAAUAUACCAAUAGUAAUGGCCAAAUCUAUUAAAAGUUUCAGAUCUAGCAGAAUAAUGGCCAUUACAACAUCGAGAGGCGAGUUUAUUAAUUUAAUUUUUAUAUAUAAUUUAAUUUAUAAGUUUUACGUCGAAAUUAAAAACAAACAAAAAAAAGAUUAUCUUAAAUUGUGCAUUAAGUUUUAAACUCACUAAUAAAUAUAUGUAUAUAUAUAUGUUAUAUGUAUAAACACGUGUACAUGUAUAUACGACAUAUAUAAAUAUGCAAACAUAUAUAUGUAUGUUUGCAAAUGUAUGUAGGUAUCUAUGGAGCGUAAACAAAUACACGUCUAUAUCUAUACG